ACUAACCUUCCUCUGCCAUCAUUGACUUUAUUUUCCUUAUUUCUUCACCAUAACAGGUCCCAAGGUUGGACCAGAACUACCUGGGACAGCAGCCACCCACCAGCAGUAGCCCGUACAACCACCCCUUCCCCUCCCCUAUGUCUAGUGGGUCCUCCCUCCCCUCCUCUUCCCCCUCCCCCUCCCUCUCCAUGUCCAACUCCUUGUCUAUGUCAGCUUCUUUCAGUCAAAUUCCCACCUCCGCGCCCCUCGCUGGCCCAAAUGUGACGUCCUCGCUGGGCAACGCCAACAUGGUAAGGGCGAUGGCGCCUGCACAAGUGGCACCGCAAGGCGGCGUGACCGCGCCCACAGCAGACCCCGAGAAACGCAAGCUCAUCCAGCAGCAGCUGGUCCUCCUCCUGCACGCGCACAAGUGCCAGCGCCGGGAACAGUCUGCCGUGAACGGCGAGGUGCGGAACUGCCAACUCCCCCACUGUCGCACCAUGAAGAACGUGCUGACCCACAUGACCCACUGCCAGGCUGGGAAGAACUGCCAAGUGGCACAUUGUGCAUCGUCCAGACAAAUCAUCUCUCACUGGAAGAACUGUACCAGAAGUGACUGUCCAGUUUGUCUACCACUCAAGAAUGUGUCCAGUAGGAAGGAGGUGCAAGCCAGCAUGGGGUUGACUGCGCAGCUUCCCCAGCUGACCCACACACAGACGUCGUCAGCGACCGGUCUGCCCGGCGUGCCGCCGCAGCCGCAGCCCCCGCCGCAGCAGGCCCCGGCGCCGCAGCAGCAGCAGCAGAUCGACCACACGUCCAUGCAGCGUGCCUACGCCGCGCUGGGACUGCCAUAUAACCAAAACAAUCCACCCAACAGAGCCAGAAGUAUGCAACUGGGCCAGCAGCAGGGUCUGGGGCCAGGUGGGCCAGGGAACCUGAAUGGUGGGCCAUCCCUGGGAGCCGAGCUGAGUGCCAUGCAGAGGCAGCAGACCUCCCUUUUCCACAGUCUGGACUCCUCAGGUAAUGUGACCAUCCAGCAGCAGCCCCCCAAGAGAGUCCAACCCUGGCACCAACAUGUCACCCAGGACCUCAGAAACCACCUGGUGCACAAGUUACUACAAGCCCUCUAUUUUUCAUUCUGCAGAGUCCAGGCUAUCUUCCCGACCCCCGACCCGGCCGCGCUCAAGGACAGAAGGAUGGGCAACCUGGUCGCCUACGCCAGGAAAGUGGAGGGAGACAUGUACGAAACCGCCAACAGCCGGGAGGAGUAUUACCACCUGUUAGCAGAGAAGAUCUACAAGAUUCAGAAGGAGCUGGAAGAGAAGCGACACCGGCGUCUACAGGAGCAGCAGCUGCGCGGCUCGGGGCCUGGUCAGGGGCCGGGACAGGGACCGGCCGCACUGGUGCCGGGGAACCAGCCCGGCAUGCAGUCUGCACCAAGACCUCAAGUUGACUUAGCGACUGGUAUCGCCGCCAACCUGGCCGCGAUCGUGCCCAGCCAACAGAACCAGGCGAGUGCGCAGCCGUUCCUGCCCGGCCAGCCGGCGCAGGGCCAGCAGUCGGGCUUUCCCGGCGCCGCCAACGUCUCGCUCAACACCAGCAUGAGCAGCCUGCUGCCCAACGUCCAGAACAUGACGCCACAACAACAACAACAACAAGCCACCUCCCUGGGACAGGUACUCGCCGCUGUACGUGACAUCUCCAAGAAGUUACUGCCAGCGUCCGGCCCCAGUCCACAGUCCAUCAACAGGCCAACACCUCCAGUACAGCAGCAGACCCCCUCACAGCCACAGAUGGACCAGUCCAACAAGAUGGGUCAACAAGCCCCGCAGCCAACUGCUCCAAUACUGCAACAACAACAACAACAACAGGCGCAGCAGGGGAUGCAGCCAGGCCAACAGACAACGACUCCCCACCACACCCCGCCGCGCCCCGGCUCCACCACGCCCACGUCCCAGCCCCAGCCGGUGCAAACCGCCGCCCCGCCCGCACCGCUGGACGACACCCAGCAGGCCCCGCCCAACGUGGUGGCCCCGCCCGGCACCACCAUUCCCACCACGCUGGCGAGCAGUACCGUACCGUCAUCCGCCACCACCACCACCAUGACCACCACGGCGCAGGCUGGCGACACCAGCCAGCCCAUGGACACAUCGCAGCCGGCGCUCAACGUUAAACAGGAGGCCGCAACCCAGCCACCGGCUCAACAACAACAACAACAACCGCCUGAACAACCACAGACUGAGAUAAAGACAGAAGUGAAGACUGAACAGGUGAUGGGGACGGCCUCCUGUAAGGAUGCCUCUGGGGCGACAGGUGUGAAGACAGAGACGAAAUCUCCGGCCGGCAUGGCCAUCAAACAGGACACCCAGUCUCCCAGUCCAGCCGCAGUCCAGCAGGAGUCCGGCGACGGUCCACCCAAACCUCCCCUCAUCAGAAGACCCAACCCCAACAAAGACUUUCCUAACAAGAAAGUGUUUAAGCCGGAUGAGCUGCGUCAGGCCCUGAUGCCGACCCUGGAGAAGCUGUACCGACAGGACCCGGAGUCCCUCCCCUUCAGGCAGCCGGUGGAUCCCAAGCUGCUGGGCAUCCCUGUAAGUCAGGGGUUGCGAGUUCCUAAGGACUAUUUUGACAUUGUAAAACACCCGAUGGACUUGUCUACCAUCAAGAGAAAACUGGACACGGGACAGUACAAGGACCCGUGGGAGUACUGUGACGACGUGUGGCUCAUGUUCGAUAACGCCUGGCUGUACAACCGCAAAACCUCCAGGGUUUACAAGUACUGCUCCAAGCUUGCAGAGGUUUUUGAGCAGGAGAUUGACCCAGUGAUGGCCAACCUGGGCUUCUGUUGUGGAAGGAAGUAUGUGUUCCAACCACAAGCGCUGUACUGCUAUGGCAAGUCUGUGUGUACUAUCCCAUGGGGAGCCCGGUACUGGACAUAUGAGAACCGUAACCCCACUGCCGGCCUUCUGUCUGACAGGUACCACUACUGUCAGAAAUGUUUUGGAGAGAUUGGCGGAGACACUGUCACACUGGGGGACGACCCUAGCCAGGCACAGAGCACAAUACCCAAGAGCUCCUUUGAAGAAAAGAAGAAUGACGUCUUGGACUUGGAACCGUUUGUGGAGUGUACAGAAUGUGGCCGGAAGAUGCAUCAGAUCUGUGUUACGUACCAUGAGAACAUCUGGCCACAGGGGUACCAGUGUGAUGCUUGCUUGAAGCAAGUGGGGAAGAAGAGAAAAGAAAACAAGUACACAUCAAAGAGGUUACAGUCCACCAAGCUGGGAACUUUUCUUGAGAACAGAGUCAACAACUACCUGCGGGAACGGUGUGCGGACGCAGGGGAGGUCACCAUCCGCGUGGUACACGUGUCGGACAAGAUGGUGGAGGUCAAGCCAGGAAUGAAAAACAAGUUUGUUGACAGUGGAGACAUGCCUGAACAGUUUCCCUACAAGGCCAAGGCUCUGUUUGCGUUUGAGGAGAUUGACGGCGUGGAAGUCUGCUUCUUCGGGAUGCACGUUCAGGAGUACGGGUCGGACUGUCCACAACCAAACCACAGGAGAGUCUACAUUUCCUACUUGGACAGUGUUCACUUCUUCAAACCUCGCAACCUGAGAACAGCCGUGUACCAUGAGAUACUUAUAGGCUAUCUGGACUACGUCAAGAAAUUAGGAUAUACCAUGGGUCACAUCUGGGCCUGUCCUCCCAGUGAGGGGGAUGACUACAUCUUCCACUGCCAUCCUCCAGAACAGAAGAUCCCCAAACCAAAACGUCUCCAGGAGUGGUACAAGAAAAUGUUAGACAAGGCUGUAGCCGAGGGAGUGGUCAAGGACUACAAGGACAUCCUGAAACAAGCGACAGAAGACGGGGUGAGCAUGGCUAACGAGCUGCCGUACUUCGAGGGCGACUUCUGGCCCAACGUGCUGGAGGAGAGCAUCAAGGAGAUUGACCAGGAAGAGGAGGAGGAGAGACGAGCCCAGGAGGCCGCCGCUGCUAUAGCACAGGAGUCCAAUGGAGACCAGUUCAUUGGCUUCGGUGCUCUGCAAGGCAAUGGAGAUAAGAAGAAGGGGAAGAAGAACAAAGGGAGCAAGAGCAAAAGUAAGAGCAGCUCCAACCGCAAGAACAACAAGAAAUCCAACUUCCCCAACCAGGGAAACAACCUGUCUCAGAAGCUCUUCCAAACUAUGGAGAAACACAAGGAGGUCUUCUUUGUAAUCAGGCUCAUCGCAGCCAACAUUGCGUCCAACCUGCCUUCGAUAUCGGACCCAGACGGGCUGAUCCAGUGCGACCUCAUGGACGGACGCGACGCCUUCCUGACCUUGGCGCGGGAGAAGCACUACGAGUUCUCCUCGCUGCGCCGGGCCAAGUUCUCGGCCAUGGCCAUGUUGUACGAGCUGCACAACCAGGGCCAGGACCGGUUUGUCUACACCUGUAACCACUGCAAACAACACGUGGAGACCAGAUACCACUGCACCGUCUGUGAGGAUUAUGAUUUGUGCAUCGCGUGUUACGAGAAGCAAGGCCACCAGCACAAGAUGGAGAAGUGGGGCCUGGGGCUGGAUGAUGGCGACUCGUCCCAGUCCAACCAGAGUCCACAGGAGGCGCGCCGGCUGUCCAUCCAGCGAUGCAUCCAGUCGCUGGUCCACGCUUGUCAGUGCCGCGACGCCAACUGUCGUCUGCCCAGCUGCCAGAAGAUGAAGCGCGUGGUGCAGCACACCAAGAGCUGCAAGAGAAAGACCAACGGCGGUUGCCCCAUCUGCAAGCAGCUGAUCGCCCUCUGUUGUUACCAUGCCAAACAUUGCCAGGAGCAGAAGUGUCCCGUUCCGUUCUGUCUCAACAUCAAGCACAAGCUGCGGCAGCAGCAGCUGCAGCAGAGGUUACAGCAGGCGCAGAUGCUGCGGCGGCGCAUGGCGACCAUGCAGAGCAGAGGGAUGACGCCCAGUCAGCCGUCUCUGCCUCCUCCCAGCGCGCCUGCCACUAUGCCAACUCAGCAGACGCUGCAGACACGCCCGCCGUCCCAGGGGAAACCUGGCAAGCCCACCCACCCUGGCAAGCCUGGCAGCAUGGCCCCUCCCCCUGCAGCGCCGCCCGCAGCCAUUCAGGCUGCAGAGGAGGCCAAGAGAGCAGCGGCGCUGGCUGCAGCACAGCAGGGCGGCUUCGGGCGAGGGAUGCCUAACCAGGGCCAGCAGAUGCCUCCCCCACAACUCAACAUGCCCAACCUCCAGCAGCAAAUGCAGCAACAGCAACAACAGCAGCAACAGCAGCAGCAGCAGCAGAGGCCAAUGGCGCAGCAACAAAUGGUGCAGCAGUCGAUGCCUAACCAGCCUCCCAUGCAGAGAUGGCCAGUAUUCCAGCAGCAGAGUCAGGCGGGUAUGCAGCAGCAGCAACAGCAGCAAGGUAUGCAGGGGAUGAUGCCGGGGCAACAGGUCAACCCUGCGGCAUUACAGGUACAACAGGGCAUUCGCAACCAGUUCCCCGCCCAGGCCCUGCAGCAGCUGGUCCAAACGCUGAAGUCUCCCAGCUCUCCGCAGCAGCAACAGCAGGUGCUCAGUAUCCUCAAGUCCAACCCGCAGCUGAUGGCAGCCUUCAUCAAGCAGAGAACACAGCACCAGCAGAUGCAGCAGCAGAUGCAGCAACAGCAGCAGCAACAGCAGCAGCAGCCGGGACAGGCCCUCCAGCAGCAGCCCAUGACACCGCAGCAGCAGCAGCAGUGGCAGCAGAUGCGCAUGAGACAGGUGGCACAGCAGCUGCAGAACCAGCAGCAGCAACAGCAGCAACAACAGCAGGCGCAGCAACAGCAGCAGCACCAGCAGUUCCAGCAGAUGGUGCCGCCCUUCUCGCAGCAGUCUGCGCAGCACCGGAUGAUGGCCGCCCAGCAGCAGCAGAGCAUGCCCAUGGCACCGCAGCAGGGCAUGAACCAGAUGGGGCAGAUGAACCAGAUGGGGCAAAUGAACCCCAUGAACCAGAUGGGCCACGUCAACCAAAUGGCCGGCAUGAACCAGAUGGGCAGCAUGAACCAGAUGGGAAUGGGGGGCGCCGACGGGGGACCCCACUCCCAGAUGCAGCAGAUGAUGCGGCAGCACCAGUUCCAGCAGGGGGCCAUGAUGCAGCAGCUGCCCCAGCAGCAGGUGCAGCAGCUGAAGCAGCAGAUGGCGUCGUCCAUGGGCCCGGGUCAGUCCAUGAGCCCGCAGCAGGCCAUGCUCCCGCCACAGUCUCCCCACGCCGCCCAGCAAAUGAGAUCGCCACAGGGCGGCAACCCUAUAGCAAGCCAGGUCAAGUCUCCUCAACCCACCCCGUCCCCCCGCCCCCAGUCCCACCCAGCCCCCUCCACCCCCCAGAUGUCUCCCAUGCACCCCCAGAACUCGCCGCACCCCGGGGUGGCAGGGCCACACCAACCCGAUCAAAUGCAAACAGAACAACCCAUGCUACCACAGAUGCAGCCAACCUCUCAAAACAUGGGGCAGCUGGAGGGUCAACAAAACACGGAGGAGUCAGACAUGGCACCUCUGACACCACAAGAUCAGUUAACAAGAUUUGUGGAGACCUUAUAGUGGUGCAAGUCGCACAGCAGCCUGUAGACUAUAAUUUAAAUGGGCCCGCUCCAUCUUUUUCAGAGUCUAUCUUGAGAGAAAGAAGUAUGUUUUAUUAUUGAUAUUUUAUUUUAUAUUUUUGCCUCCCACCACGAGACGUUAAAUGUAGGUAUGAAGUAUUGGAAACUGAUGCAGAAGGAGUGGAUUUUUGUAGGUAAAAAUACUUUUGUGCGAUGACGAUACCAUAAUUUGUAUAGUUAGCAAAGUUGAGUGUUUUUCCCUACUUCUGUGACUUAACGAAAAACUUGUACCAUGUCGUGUGUUCAAGAAGUUUGUUUCAAGGUCCUACGAUAGCUUUUACUGUCUAGGAGGGUGCCAGAUGUAUAGACAUUGUUGGUAAAGCCACAAGCAAUCAUUUUUGAGCUCUCCUGCCUCAUAUUGUAGAGAAACUUUGGAGCAGAAACGUAGUAGGAAUCAUGCAGACUGAAUGGUAUGUGAAGAGCUCUUGCUGUAGGCAAAGGGCACCUGUGUACAUAGGCAUGCCCAGUGGAUUCUCAAGGUUUGAACCACCCGAGCCAGCGAUAGUCUAAGAUGAUACGGCCAGUGGCCAGGUGUGUGCAGAUAACAGGAGUACCUGCAUAUGUAAGAAGGGUGGACAGACCUGGGUCUCCAUUCUGGACCAACGGUUCCAUUUCAUCCAGUGAAAAAAAAACAAGAAAACAAACCUUAUGUAUAUAAAUGAUGGAAAGGUCUUCACUCUACUGUGUGUUAUUUAAUACCUGAUCUAUCAAAACGAAGGGGUUGUGCUAGGUUGCACUUUAAGCAUUGGCUAUAAUUGGGUGUGCUUAACUUAAAGAAGAACAUGUGGCUAGAGAUAUUUAAACACUCAAACGGCCAAGGGUUUCUAUGUUUUCUGUUUUGUAUGUAACUGCCUUGAAGAUUAAGAUCACAUGCUCUGUACAUGGCCAAGUUGCAGCAGUAUUUUAUACACUAGUUUGUUAAAAAGGAAGGGUUUGGGGAUCGUAGUCUGUAAAGAUAGCUAAAUUGUGCACUAGAUAUGUAUGUAGCAGCUCACGCAAGCAAGUCCACGUCAUAAGUUAGUGUCCAACCAUGCCAAUGACCUAGUGUACCAGUGAGGCAGCUUUCAUUCGACGCAUAGGACUGUCUUGUUGUUUUUGUCCCACAUCACUUUUUUUGCCUAGGAAGUCAGCGUGAGCAAGCCAACUCCUUAGAGCUAUCUGUUGGGCUAUGGAAUGCUUGUAUUUAGCGUCAGCCAGGAAUUGCGUCCUUUGAUUUGGUUGCAAUAUCUGAGGACCUCAAUUUUAGACCAAUCCCAGCAGUGUUUAAGGAAUGUAAAAUGUUUCAAACAUUAAUUUCAUAAUAAAAAUUUAUAUACUGUGUAAUAAAUGUAAAGAACACUCUGAAA